AUGGGGUCCCAGCUGCUGCUGCGCUGGGACAACCACCUGCCCAGCUUCGCCUGCUCGAUGAAAGAGUGUCUGGACGACGGCGACCUCACUGACCUCACCAUCUCGUGCCAGGGCCGUGUGCUCCACUGCCACAGGCUGGUGCUCUCUGUGGCCAGUCCGCACUUCAAGCAGCUGCUCAAGGCAAACCCCGGCCAGCACCCGAUCGUGAUCAUGCGCGACAUUCCGUACAAGGACAUCGCCGCCCUGCUGACGUUCAUCUACCAGGGCGAGGUCACCGUCACCGAGGAGGACCUGCCCAGCUUCCUGAAGACGGCCAAGGCGCUGGAGGUGCGCGGUCUGGCCGACGACGCGCACACGGGCGGCACCUCCUCGCGGCCGGAGCCCCGCCGCGCCUCCCACCUGGAGCCGGAGGUGGUGGUGAAGGAGGAGCCCUGCGACCCGGACGAGGCGCCCGCCGCCCGACACCCGGUCGCCAUGACAACCAUCAACGACCUGAGCCUGCUGCAGCAUGGGUUCAGGGCUGGCAGCUCCUUCGUCGAGGUGGGACCAGCGCGCGUGCCGCCAAAAAGUGAGUAG